UCACAGGACACAGGGCUGGGAUAUAAAGUCUAGUCUCCAUAUUUUGCUCAGUGGGAGGGUCCAACCUGCCAUAUAAAGAGCACUGAAUCUCUGGUUUGUUUCUGAGGAAGUGUGAGACGUACGACAGGAAGCUGCCGAGAAGAUGUUGAGGAUAACUCUGUUGAUGUUAGUGGGAGUGUUUGUGGUGGAGUUUGCAUCCUGCUCCAUCACAUGUCCUGACGGUAGUGUCUGCACUGAUUUCGAAACCUGCUGUGCGACUAGGCAUGGAUAUAGCUGCUGUCCAUAUCCAAAGGCUAUGUGUUGCCCUGACCUGGCCCACUGCUGCCCUUCAGGAUUUAGCUGUAACCAGGCCACCCAGCUGUGUGAGAAAGAAAACCAGCCGUGGAUGAACACACCCAUGGUGAAGAAGGAGGCAGCAGAGGAGCCGAGGACUCCUGUAUCUCCCCCUCAGGAGGUUGAGAGCAACCAUGUCCUAGACCAAAAGAGUUCAGUUGUCCAUUGUGACAACUAUUACCUCUGUCCCGAUGCCACAACCUGCUGCAGACACCCAACAGGUGUCUGGUUCUGUUGCCCGUACUCUCCUGGCAGGUGUUGUCUGGAUGGCUACCACUGUUGUCCAUAUGGCUACGACUGUGACUACACGUACACGCGCUGUGUGAGGGAAGACCUGAGAUAUCCCUUCACCCCCAAAAAAGCUCCGUCUUCAGUCCCUGCCUCUCUCAUUUCAGCUCCAGAAGACAAAAAAAGCGUACAGGAGACACCAAUGAUGGCUCUAACAGAAGCCAGCAGGGGCAUCCGUGAGCCUGGAGUCAUUCGCUGCGAUUCCAAAUUUUACUGCUCACAAGGGACAACCUGCUGCCAAGGACCCACAGGCCAAUGGACCUGCUGUCCCUACCCGCUGGGCCAGUGCUGUUUAGAUGGUAAGCACUGCUGUCAGUAUGGAUAUACCUGCGACCCGACGUCCUUGUCAUGCAGAGGUCUGUUCUCUCAGAUACCCUCCGGAAAACAGGAACGUGCAAAAACAGUCUGAGGACAUGUUAAAGUUUGUGCACUGUGGCACCUUUUUUAAUUAUUUUGGUACACACUUCAGUUCAAAUCUACCAAUGCAUCAUUGCCUACAUAAAGAAAACUAAUACACACUGGCCAGAUUUUGGAUCAUAGUAAAUAAUGACAAGCUUAUAACCACAACAGUAUCCAUAGUUGAAUCCAUUUCAGAUGAAUAGUACUGUAUUCUGUAUUGGUUCUAAGCUUUUCAUGAGUGUUUGUUUUGUGUUGUUUUUUAAGAAAUUGACAAAUCAUAGAGAUAUGCCAACCUCAAAUAAUUUCAUGAUCUUUUCUGAUGACAUAAAAUACUUAUAAAUAUGGAAUUUCUUAAAUAAAAAAACUAUAAAAAA